AUGACGCCACCAUCACCCGGCAAGAGCACGGCUGCGGCGCAGUUCGAUCCGCGUAGCCUCUACUCGUCCGCCUCGCCAUCCACCGCCCACGCCAAGUCGCCCGCCGCCGCCUCCGCAUCCAACAGCAAGCGCGAGCCGAGCAGCAGCGCUGCAGGCGACGAUGCAGACAGCUCUCCUGGCGCCACCAGCUCCGGCAAGAAGAAGCCGUCCAAGAGGCGCAAAGUCAACCUUGCGUGCAUCUACUGUCGACGAUCGCACAUGACAUGCGAUGAAGGUAGACCUUGCCAGAGAUGUAUCAAGCGGGAUAUUGGGCAUCUGUGCCACGAUGAGGCUACACCGGCCAAGGCGCAUACCGAUGUGAAGGAGGAAGGGGGGAGCCCGUCGAAGGUGAAGGAGAAGGUCAAGGCGGAAAGUCCAGCGACCACACCGCCUGUGCCAUCCGCUAGUGAGCCGCAACGGUCGGAUUCGACAUCAGCGGCUGCAGCAGCUUCAGCGAGCUUCUUCCCGACACUAGGGCUUGGCGCCUCGGGAGAUGCGAACGCAGCGACGAACAGUAGCAACGUCUUUGGCGGCGGUUCAGCAGGUCCUUACUCGUCGAUAUCGGGACUCAACCAGUCCAACAACAGCAACAAUAACGCAGCCGGCUUCGAUGCGAGCAACAUCUUCAAGCCCCAAGCGAUGGGCGUGGAGGAUGCAGGACCUACUUCGUCCGGCAGCAGCGCCAACGGCGGCAUAUCAGCAGCAGGCAUGCUCUCCCUUGCAUCGCUCUUUCAGAACAGCAUCAACAACAGUAGCGACGCCAACGCAAACACCAACACCAAUCAGGCGCCAUCAGCACAGGCUGUCAAUGCGGGCAACAACCAGCAGCAGAGUGGUGAGAUGUCUGGGCUGGGCGGUGCUGGAUGGCUCGGGCUUGGCGGUGGACCGGGAGGAUACGAGGGUGGAGGCAGUGGCUUCGGCGGCGACUCGGCGGGCGGGAACGAGUUUACGCUGCUCAGCGAAUUCCUCGAGAGUCUGGAUGGACCAGGCUUCGGCGCGGGUGCGACACCAGGCAUGACAGGCACCUCUGCGACCAUGGCGGGUACAGGCUCAGGAUCCGGCUUUACUCCGUCGCAGAGUCGGAGGAAUACCAUCUCCGGUCUGGGUGGCGGGACCUUUGACGGGUUGACAGCGUUGACCCCCAUCCACAACAACGCCGACAGUACGAGUCGAACCAGCUUGCCCGCUCUAUCGCCCACCACGGGUGCCAAUACGGUGUACAACUCGGGCUCAUCCACCGCUGCCGCUGGCAAUAGCACUUUUGGCUCUGGCAACAUCAACAACAACACCAGCAGCAGCGAGAAUGGGACGGGCAAGCGAUCCCGUGGGUCCUCCCUCUCCGCCGCCCCGUCGAACUCCAACACGGGCGUCGCAUCCGGAUCGUACCUCCCUUCUCUGCAAGGCGGCUCGUCCAAAACGGAACGCUUCUUCCUCACCGCCGCGGACCAGAAGGAUGGCACGCGCGACGAGCGUCUCGCACGCGUCAUCCAGGCCAAGUACGAAGCCGGUCUCCUCCGUCCCUACAACCACGUCAACGGCUACGCACGGCUCAAUCGGUGGAUGGAGCGCAACGUCUCCACCGCUUCCAAACGACGCAUUCUCAAGCCUCUCUCCGUCUUCCGUCCUGCCUUCCGUGCCGUCGCCCAGUCGUUGACCAACAUCGACCUGGUCUUCAUCGAAGAAGCCUUCGAACGGCUGCUGUUGGACUACGAUCGGGUGUUCUCCACCCAAGGCAUCCCCGCGUGCCUCUGGAGACGGACGGGAGAGAUCUACAAGGGCAACAAGGAGUUUGCUGAGCUCGUGGGGGUUCCUAUCGAAUCCCUCCGCGAAGGUCGGUUGUGCAUCUACGAGCUCAUGGCGGAAGAAAGCGCGGUCAACUACUGGGAAAAGUACGGCGCUGUCUCGUUCGACCCGGGGCAGAAAGCCGUUUUGACCAGUUGCGUGUUGCGGACGAAGAACAAGAGCAUUGUGGCCACCUCAGGCGCCUCAAAGGCAAGGGACAGCAUUCAAGCCCAAUUGCCGAGGAGCGCUACGGCAAGUGGACAAAUUACACCUCGUGAGGAGGCGAAAGAGGACGAAGGGAAAGUGGCUGCUGGAACGGGGGCUACUAGCACCAGCGGCGUGCUCAAGGACCCGAAUAACCCGAAGGCUGCCUUCAUCCAUUGUUGCUUCAGCUUUACGAUUCGGAGGGACCAGUGGAACAUUCCGCACAUGAUCGUGGGCAAUUUUUUGCCGACCAACCCGCCGUAG